AUGACCUACACCAACCACACUGGCACCUUCAUCCUGACAGGCCUUCAGGGCCUCGAGUCUGUGCAUGCAUGGCUCUCUAUACCUCUGUGUAUCAUGUAUGUGGCGUCUCUGGCAGGGAACAGCCUGAUCCUAUGGGUGGUGAGGUCAGAGCCCUCCUUGCACCAGCCCAUGUACUACUUCCUGUCCAUGCUGGCAGUGACUGACCUGGGCCUCUCUGCUUCCACAUUGCCCACCAUGGUCACCAUCUAUAUGCUUGGUAUCAAGGAGGUGGCAGUGGAUGCGUGCCUGGCCCAACUCUUUUUCAUCCAUACAUUCUCCAUUAUGGAGUCCUCUGUGCUUCUCACCAUGGCCUUUAACCGUUUCGUGGCCAUCAGCAAUCCUCUGCGCUAUGGCACUAUCCUUACCAAUCCCCGGAUUGCUGGCAUGGGCGGAGCCAUCGUCAUACGCAGUGUCAGCCUCCACAUUCCAGCGCCCAUUAUGCUGAAGAAACUGCCUUACUGCCACCAUCGCCUACUUUCCCACUCCUACUGCCUGCACCCAGAUGUUAUGAAGCUGGCUUGUGCUGAUACCCACAUCAAUAGUGCCUAUGGUCUCUUCGUAGUGCUCUCAACUCUGGGUAUGGACUCGAUUCUCAUUGUUCUCUCCUAUGGGUUGAUCCUCCAGACGGUGCUGUCCAUCGCUUCCAAGGCAGAGCGCCUCAAAGCCCUCAACACUUGUGUGUCCCACAUCUGUGCUGUGCUGCUCUUCUACACACCUAUGAUUGGCCUCUCCAUGAUCCAUAGAUUUGGGAGGCGGCCUUCCCCGUGUAGUCGUGUACUCCUCUCCUAUCUUCAUUUCCUCACACCUCCAGUGCUCAACCCAGUAGUUUACACCAUAAAGACCAAACAGAUCCGAACGAGGCUAUGGCGCCUCUUCCGGAGGAAUGGGACCAGCAUCAGAGACACUCAGAGUCAUUAA